AUGCCGGUCAGACGGGGCCAUGUGGCGCCCCAGAACACUUUCCUGGACACCAUCAUUCGCAAGUUCGAGGGACAAAAUCGAAAGUUUAUCAUUGCCAAUGCACAGGUGGAGAACUGUGCCAUUAUUUUCUGCAAUGACGCUUUCUGCGGCAUGUGUGGUUAUACGCGGGCUGAGGUGAUGCAGAAGCCCUGCACCUGUAGCUUCCUGUAUGGACCUCACACCAGGAGACCAGCGAUGGCCCAAAUGGCUAAAGCUCUGCUGGGAGCAGAGGAGAGAAAGGUGGAGAUUUCCCUCUACACUAAAGAUGGAGUGUGUUUCAGUUGUGAAAUAGAUGUGGUUCCAGUGAAGAAUGAAGAUGGCAUGGUCAUCAUGUUCAUUCUCAACUUUGAGCUACCUACUGACCCCAGACCAACCAACAGCUCUCCAGCCAGGGAGCUCAACAGAGUGCUGCGUAUCCCCUGGCUGACCGUGGCUUGGCGGCAGCGUCUGCGCCUUCUCCUCCGGUCUCUCAGCCCCACUUCAGGUGUCCUGUCACAGGAUACAGAGCUGGGUUCUCCUCAUGCUGAGUUCCUUCCCCUCGGUCAUGAGUCUGUGGCCCUGGACAAACUGCUGUCCCUCCCUGAGAGACAACAGCUGGAGGAGGCAGGAGCUGGACUACUACUGAGAGAGGAGAGAAGGAGAAGCCAGUGUGAAGAUAACUAUCCUUUCCACAUCAACCCCCCUUCCAGCAGUUUCGAUGGCAGGUCUGGGAGUUUAAAACAUUCCUCCUCAGUGGAUGAUAUCAAGAUUGGGCAGAGUUACUGGGAAAAGAGGCUGCAGUUGAGACACAGCUGUACCGCUGGUAUGGUAACCAUUCGAAAGAGCAGUGUGCCAGUUGGGACAUCAGACACUGAUUUGUGCCGUCGAACCAACAGCCAGCAGAUAACCCAGAGCCCACUGGACACAAAGACAGACGCUAUUAUGGCAUUACCUCCUGGUGAAAUCAGACCUCCUUGCAAACUGAUCGACAGAACACACCAUGUCACUGAGAAAGUUACCCAGGUUCUGUCUCUGGGGGCUGAUGUGUUACCUGAGUAUAAACUGCAGACUCCCAGGAUCCAGAAAUGGACCAUCCUUCACUACAGUCCAUUCAAAGCUGUGUGGGACUGGGUUAUUCUGCUUUUAGUGAUUUAUACAGCAAUUUUCACCCCUUAUUCUGCUACAUUUCUACUGAGUGACCAGGAGGAAGCAGCCAUGCAGACCUGUGGUUACUCCUGUUCCCCCCUAAAUGUGGUAGAUCUUAUAGUGGACAUCAUGUUCAUUGUUGAUAUCAUCAUCAACUUCAGGACCACAUAUGUUAACUCCAAUGACGAGGUGGUGAGCCAGUCUUCUCGGAUUGCAGUCCACUACUUCAAGGGCUGGUUCCUCAUUGACAUGGUGGCAGCCAUUCCCUUUGACCUCCUCAUCUACCGCUCAGGAGAGGCAGUGGUUAGGGGAGGAGCAGAGGGAGAGACCACCACACUGAUUGGUUUACUGAAGACAGCUCGGUUACUGAGAUUGGUUCGUGUAGCCAGGAAGUUGGACCGUUACUCCGAGUAUGGUGCAGCUGUCCUCUUUCUUCUCAUGUGCACCUUUGCCCUCAUUGCCCACUGGCUGGCCUGUAUCUGGUAUGCGAUAGGUAAUGUGGAGCGGUCGACCUCAGCUGGGAUCGGCUGGUUAGACACUCUGGGCGACCAGCUGGGGAAGCCAUACAAUGACUCCAUCAUCGAGUCGGGUCCUUCCAUUAGAGAUAAAUAUGUCACAGCUCUGUACUUCACCUUCAGCAGUCUGACCAGCGUAGGCUUCGGGAAUGUCUCCCCAAACACCAACUCUGAGAAGAUCUUCUCCAUCUGUGUCAUGCUUAUCGGCGCUCUGAUGUAUGCCAGUAUUUUUGGUAAUGUGUCAGCCAUUAUCCAGCGGCUUUACUCUGGCACGGCACGUUACCAUGCCCAGAUGAUGAGAGUUCGAGAGUUCAUCCGCUUCCACCAGAUCCCCAACCCUCUGAGGCAGCGGCUGGAGGAGUACUUCCAACACGCAUGGUCAUACACUAAUGGGAUAGAUAUGAACGCUGUUUUAAAAGGUUUCCCAGAGUGUCUCCAGGCAGAUAUUUGUCUCCAUCUCAACAGGUCACUGCUGCAGAACUGUAAGGCUUUCAAAGGAUCCACUAAGGGCUGUCUGAGGGCCCUAGCCAUGAGGUUUAAGACCACCCACGCUCCUCCUGGUGACACCCUAGUCCAUGCUGGAGACCUGAUAUCAGAUCUGUACUUCAUCUCCAGAGGAUCCAUAGAGAUCCUCAAAGGAGAGGUGGUGGUAGCUAUACUGGGUAAGAAUGAUAUCUUUGGGGAGCCCAUCAAUCUGUAUGUUCUGCCAGGAAAAUCCAGUGCUGAUGUUAGAGCUCUGACCUAUUGUGAUCUGCACAAGAUACACAGAGAGGAUAUGCUGGAGGUUCUGGAUAUGUAUCCUGAAUUUUGUGAAUAUUUCUGGUCCAACUUGGAGAUCACCUUCAAUCUCAGAGAUGUGAAUAAUGAAGCUGUAGGUCUUCUGAGUGAAGAAGACUCUGAUUGUGAGGGAUUCAGCAGACCUCAGAGGAAGCACAAAUGCUCUUCCACUCACACAGGUGACACCAUCUCAGCAAAGAGACAGAAAGCUGCCAACAGAUGUAGAAGAAGACACAGUAACUUGGAGAGGCAUGACAGCCACAACAAAGAUCAUCAUAAACAUACACUAUAUGGCCCUGUGUUCUCCAGUGAGGAUGAAGGGGAGGAUUCAGAGGUGACCAGCCCUGCUCAGACUUCCAUAAUUCACACUGCCGCGACAAACAGUACCAGGUGUUCCAAGACUGGCAGGAAAGAGAGGACCUGUAACCUUGUCACAGGAGUGUCCAACAUCUUUACAUUCUGGGGCUCAGAGAGUCGAGAGGAACACACAUACCAGGAGGUUCCCUGCUCCCACAGUCUCCCCUCACCACAUCCUCAGCCUCCCUCUGACCAGCUCCCUUGCCUACCUUCCUCCUCCCACUGUCCCUCCAGCCCUCCUCCUCUCCCUGCCCCUCUUCCUCCUACUACCGUCAUCUCUCGGAGGCAGGAGUUGGAGUUAGAGAACAGGCUGGAGGCACUGCAGCAACAGAUAACCAGGUUGGAGUCUUGUAUGUCAGCAGACAUCAGGACCAUCAUGCAGAUACUGCAGAGGCAAAUGCCAACAAUCCCACCUUCCUACAGCACCCUGAUGUCCACACCUAACGCACCCUCCUCCCCCAUCCUGUCCUCCACUGUUGCCUCCCCUUCUGGCACCCUAACCCCUGUCUCCCCCACAGACAAGUCACCAACCACCAACCCCCAGCAACAGCAGUCAAAUGAAAACCAAGAUCAAGUCCUUCAACAACUUCCAGAAUCUAAUUCCCUCAGUUGUGGUUCCUCUGUCCUCCAUCUUAAUGCCUCACCCCCUCUCCUCCAUUCCUCAUCCCUUCACACUUCUUCAUAUUAGUCAGUUUUCUUCCCCCAAUUUAUCCCAAAACACCUGCAGCUCUCCACCCAAUCCUCAAAACUCCCCCCGGCUUUCCUCCUCUGUACUUACGUAGACAGGUGUGUGGGCAUGAGUUUUUCUUACAUUCACUAUCCCUACCCUCAACCCUCUGUCUCACAGAUACUGUAAGUCUUUUAGAGGCAUAUCAAAUGAAAGUAAAUUUGAACUUUCACAGGAGGAUGGGAUAGUUAAAAAAAACUCAGUACAGUCAAAUUCCAAAUAUUUUCAACUGAAUUCUGAGCAAAAAUAAAUAAAUAAAUAAUGAGAAAACACCAACAGUCAAGACAAUCAUGU